AUGGCAGGUGCCUUUGGACGUUUAUUUCCUGGUAAAGUGCGUACUGGUAUGAAGGCCCGUAUUAUUAGACUGAAUUUCCAACCCGGAAAGAAAGAGGAUUUGUAUGACAAAGCUAUUCAACGUACUAUCUUGAUGAUGGGUCGUUACGUUGAAGCCAUUGAAGAUGUAUCUUCUAGUAACAUUUGUGGACCUGUCGGUGUUGAUCAAUUCUUGGUCAAAACUGCAGUUAAACCCAAAAAUCCUGCAGAUUUGCCAAAAUUGGUUGAAGGUUUGAGACGUCUUGCUAAGUCGGAUCCUAUGGUGCAAUGUAUCAUCCAAGAAUCUGGAGAGCACAUUAUUGCUGGUGCUAGUGAACUUUACCUAGAAAUCUGUUUGAAAGAUCUUGAAGAAGAUCACGCCUGUAUACCAAUUAAAAAGUCUGAUCCUGUCGUAUUAUACAGAGAAACAAUUGCAGAACAAUCUAAUCAGAUGUGUUUGUCGAAAUCACCGAAUAGACAUAACCGUGUUUUCAUGAUAAAUUGUCCAAUGCCUGAUGGUCUUGCCGAAGAUAUUAACAAUAGUGAAGUUUUGCUUAAGAAGAGGAGGUCUUCAAUAGGGUUGAUGCUUUACGAAGCACUCAAUAGUGGACUCUUUCGUGCUUCUCCUUUAAGGGGGGGAGGUGUCACGUUCUAG